UCACAGUCGUCUCACAACGAGGAACACAGAAGAAAAGAGUAUAGAUGAAACCAAAAGAUUCCCACAUAGAAAGAGAGCCACAUAACAAACGUAAUUGCAAAGAAUUGCGAGCCGCCGGCGCAUGCGCACUCGGGCCGCAGCCAGCCGCCCGAGGACUGCGGCCGAGUGCGCGAGAGGAAGCCUAUUGCGGGAUUCUCUCGUGUGGGCGCCCUGCACAGGAUCCCGAGCCGCCCCCGGAGUGGAGACGAGAUCCAGCAGAAUGAGUCAGUCUCCGCGGCGCAGUGUGAACAAUGGGGGAUCCCCAGUUCACGAGAGGUCCAGAGACCCUUCUUUUUCCCGCUCAAGAUCACGAUCUGGAGAUCGUCGAGACAAUUACAAACAUUCAUCGAGGUGUUCUGGCUCCCCGCGCUACCGUGAGGACCGCUAUCGUGAUGAAAAAUACUCAUCAUCGCGUCGUAGAUAUUCACGUUCUCCAUCUUACUCUAGAAACAGAAGGAGCAACAGGUCCCGAUCAAGGUCUCCGAUGUCUAAUCGCCGCCGCCACCAUGGGAGCAGAGAGGACCCUCCCCCAAGUAGCUGCCUUGGGAUCUUCGGGCUUAGUCUCUACACAACAGAGCGGAAGCUCCAUCACCUCUUCAGCAAAUAUGGUCCUAUCAACAAAGUUCAAGUUGUGCUAGAUGCCAAAGUGAGUAUUGUUUACAAAUUGAUGAAUUACUUCUGACCUGCGUCUGUGAUGCACUUUGAGAGAGGGCCUUGAGUGCCACCUUGGGAAAAAAGGUUGUGUUCCUGACAGCCUUCUCUUCAGCAAGGCUGGCAGAAUCUCACUACUGGUUGAUGGGAAACUGUUGCUAUCUUUAGAAAUUCUUGUACAUUAUUAGUUAUCAAUUGGAAGGCACUUUGAAUGCAUUUUUCUCCUGAAAAGAACACUUUAUGCCUUCUGUUAUUAAAUACGAUAAUGUAAGAAAAGUUGGCAAGUGAAAAUAGCUCUUUAGAGUCUGAAUAUGAAUUAUUAGGGGGUUUGUGAUACAUAUUCACCAUUAUCAUUAUGGAGUAUUCUUCACACUGAUAUAAAUACUAUUAGAAAAGCAGUAUAUACUUAACCCAUUGCCGCCGGGGAAAAUGAACAAAAAAUGGGGGAAAUGCAGUACUCAUUUUUUAUAUUUUUGUGAAAUAUCUCUGUCCAUAGAUGGCUCUGCUAGUCCUGAUUUCACCUUUCCUUGAAUUGGCGGAAAAAAACGUAUUUUUACAAGUGCUAUGAAUAUAGAUGGUGUUAUUUUUUACAGCAACUUAGGAUAACGUUAGAUAUUUUCGUAAAUCGAUUAAAAG